AUAUAAAUGAUACACAAUUUUCCAGAAGAAAUUUGCUGGAAUAGACACCGGAAAUGGAAAUGGCCACCACUUUCUCUGCUUCGUCUCUUUCACACCGCCGCAAUUUUUUCGCUUACUCCGAUUCCAAAAGUUUCAAUUCAUAUUCACUUCAACCGUUGAUCUUUUCACCCUUUCAUCCCCACCGUCACUCUCUCCCAAUCCGCCUCCGUUCCAAUUCUAGUAAGCGUCCGCGACGUUCUCUCUCGGCCGGCCCAGGUCCACAAUCCCCGCCUGACUCCGACCCUGCUCGUCCCCGAGGUUUUGCAGGAAAGUUAUCUAGAUUUCAAGAUCGUGUGCAGAUCUUCUUUGCUGUUCUUUUCUGGAUGUCUCUGUUCUUCUGGUCCUCUGCAUGGGAUGGUAGGAAUUCUGGUAGACCAAACAAAGGAUCUCGAUUUAGAAGAUAACCUAGUAUGAGUUUGAUUUGGUAUAUAUAUAUAUAUAUAUAUAUAUAUGAGACUUAGAUAGAGUAGUAAUAGAAAUAUAUGAAGAAAAUUCAAAUAUAAAUAUUGAACAUGUACUUUAUUUUCUUUCAUUUCCAAUUGGUUUAAUUAUGUUAUGAAAACAUUUUUCCUGUAACUUUUUUAUUGAAUCAAUCUCAAAAUGAUUUGCUUCACUUUCUUCGAAGAUAAUGGUGAGAUGGAAUUAAAAUAGAUAUGAGAGAGAGAGUAAGUAUCCUUCAAUGCUUUUUGAAGGGUCUAUUCUAGUUGUAGACUAACAAAGAAUAACAAAUAUGUUAACUGUUUUUAUUUUUUAUUUUUUUAUUUUUUGUAAAAUCAACAUAUAGUCACUGAUGUAUUAAAAAGAACUACAGAAAAGUAUUUUUUUUCCUUUUUUUUUUGUGGUUUGCAGUAGAAAGGGAUGUAGUGUUGUUGAGGUGGGCACUUUCUACUCAGUUGCUUACAAAAAAUGAUCCCAGUGAUAGUUACUCAUGUAUCUAUACCUCUAUUAUGCAUCACUAGAGCCUCAUAUUAAAUGCUUGAACUUAUAGUGCACUGCCCUUUUUCAGAUGCAAUUAAUAUGAUAUUCUUUUGUUACUGCCCAUUGCAUGCUUAUCAUGCUUAUUGUUUCCUUGAGUGCAUGUGUAGAGGCUAACCAAUUACAUUAGAUUAUGAUUCAUAUGUUGCUUCUUCUAUUUGUUGGAUAUUUGACCACUGGGAUCAUGAGCAUGAUAUAAGGGCAUUUUAUGACAAGGAGGUUCUCUUUUCGAUGACAAAGACAAAUAAUCUAUGUUUUGCAUUGAUUUUGUAUUUUGAAUAUGUGUAAUCCUCAAGAAAAUUGUAUCUUCUGUUUUUUUGUAAUGCUCGCACUUUGUCUGAAUAUGUUGGUGUUAUAGAUUACUGGCAACCAAGGUCAUGAACCGCGAUGUUUGAGCCUUUUAUGAUGUAUAAAUCUUGUGUAGCACAGUGGGACUAUGUAUGGUAGUAUAAAUUUGAGAGAGAUUUUUUAUGCUCACCUUGGGUAGCCCUCAGGAGAUGAUAGUGUACCAGUUUGAAUGUCUUAGUGACGGAUAUCUAUUAGCACUACUAAUGAAUGCCCAAUAGACAGAUAUAGUUAGAAAAAUGCAGUAUAUAUCUACUCAGUUUUCUAAUUUAUAUAUUUAAUAUUUUGUUGUCAUUCUUGCGUGGUAUUGCAGUAUGGUUGCUAAUAAAUUGUUCAUA